AUGAACCGGCUCUUUGGCUCACGCAACGCCAAGCCCAAGCCAGGUCUCGCAGAGGCCAUUGCCAGUACUGAGCAGCGCGCCGAUGGAGUCGAGGUCAAGAUCAGGAAGCUGGACGGAGAACUGGGAAGGUAUCGUGAUCAGAUGAAGAAGAUGAGGGAUGGACCGGGCAAGACGGCGAUUCAGCAACGAGCCCUGCGAGUGUUGAAGCAGAAGCGCCUCUACGAAGGUCAGCUAGCCCAACUGCAGCAGCAAUCCUACAACAUGGAGCAAGCAACCAUGACCACUGAGAAUCUCCGCAACACAAUGGCCACCGUAGACGCCAUGCAGACUGCCAACAAGGAGAUGAAGAAGACCUAUGGCAAAAUUGAUCUAGACAAGAUUGAAAGAAUUCAAGAUGACAUGGAGGAUUUGAUGGAAAGUGCGAAUGAGGUGCAGGAGACAAUGGGAAGGAGUUAUGGUGUACCGGAUGAGAUUGAUGAAACUGACUUGCAGGCGGAAUUGGAUGCACUUGGCGACGAUUUGGGCGAAGAAGAGUCGGAGACGCCCUCCUAUCUGCAGGAAGGCCCCUCGCAAUUACCAGACUUCAUCGACGAUGCGCCCCUCUCCACUCCUCAGCACGAAUCGGUGGGUAGACAUGCUGUGGAAAGUCGAGCGUAUGAUGACAAGCAGCUAACAAACCUAUUGCACCCGCCUUUCGUCUGCUUUGCCUCACCCUUCUCCACAGCACAAUGCCAAUGA